AUAACUAAAGAUCCGCCAUCUCUCAAGAGCGGGGGAGGGAGGGAGAGAGAACGAAAGAACCAGAAACAUAGCUAUAUCCGGAAAAGAGAAAGCCACCGCCAAACGGACCGACGGCGGACCUCCAACCUCUUCCCGUCUCUCUCUCCUUCUCUCGUGGAAACCCUACCUUUCCAAGAAAUCCUAUACCUCGCCUCCCUUGUCCCUGUCCCCGUCCGCUGUAGAUCGGCGAACCCUUCGCUCGCUCCUCGAUCGCUUCCCCGAACCCGAGACCGAUCCGGUCGUGUUCUUUCCCCCGGAUUUGGAGCCCUGGACCCUAGAGUUUCUUUUCGCGUGGUUUCUUUGGCAAACUGUUGGAUUUUGAAGAGGUUUUGCUCGGUUUUCCUUACCUCGGUUUGGUUUGAUCUAUAGCGUGCAGCGGAUGCCCUAGAAUUUCAUUUUCUUUGUGAAUUUUAGGAGUUUAUGUAAUUCUGGGGUGUUGAUUGGUUCUUGGUUUGGGAUUAUGGACAUGUGCUUUCCCUAGUUUUGGUGGUUUAUAUGGGAGAAUUGGCGAGGGUCCGGCUCCGGAUGAGGGAUUGCUUGGUCCGUUAGGGGAGGUGGGAGGUUGAGAGGGGGAUAUGGACGAGAGCAGCGGGUCGUUCGUUGCAGUGAGGAGGCUUGAUCAAAGAGGAGGUUGCCAUUCGUCGCCUGCUGAGGUCGUCACAGGAUCAACAGCAUGGAUUGGGAGAGGUCUUUCAUGUGUUUGUGCUCAAAGAAGAGAAAGUGAUGCUCGUCUAUCAUUUGACCUCACCCCUUCUCAGGAGGAAUGCUUGCAGAGGCUACAAAGCCGCAUAGAAGUUACUUAUGAUGGUUCAAAGAAAGAGCAUCAGGAAGCCUUAAGGGCCCUUUGGUAUGCUGCUUAUCCUGGAGUUGAACUCCGCGGAUUGGUAUCUGAACAAUGGAAGGAAAUGGGAUGGCAAGGAAAAGAUCCAUCUACAGAUUUCCGGGGUGGUGGUUUUAUAUCCUUAGAGAACCUAUUAUUCUUUGCUAAGAACUAUCCUAAAUCUUUCCAGGAUCUUCUCCAAAAGCAGGAAGGUGAUCGAGCCAUCUGGGAGUACCCUUUUGCUGUUGCUGGCGUGAACAUAACAUUCAUGCUCAUCCAGAUGCUUGAUCUUCAGGCUGCUAAGCCAAGGACAUUGAUGGGAGCAAUUUUUUUAAAGCUACUCUUAGAAAAUGAGCGAGCCUUUGACUUAUUGUACUGCGUGACUUUCAAGCUGAUGGAUCAGCAAUGGCUUGCUAUGCAUGCCUCCUACAUGGACUUCAAUUCAGUUAUGAAAGCGACGCGGCGACAGCUGGAACGAGAACUACUGCUAGAAGACAUCCAACGCAUUGAAGACAUGCCCUCCUAUAGGCUUCUUACCCGUUAGCCAUCAUCUGUAUUAAUGUUGGUUUUAGCAGCAGAAGACAUGUUCCGUUGUUCAUUUUGCAUGUCCCACGAUACUGUCCCUUCCCCACGUCAUUGUGGAAUGCAGUGAUCAUGUUGGUGAUCCUAUUUGAGCUUGCAAAUGAGUCACAAUCUUCAAUCUCAAUCCAUUUAGACUGAGG